UGAAAUGGGUGUCCGUAUCUUCAAUAGCUGUGUCGUUUUAUUAGCGGUGUUAUAUGUAUUUUGUGGCGACAGUGAUGCAGCUGCCAUCAGUAGCAAUACACGCAGUGUAGGCGCCCUUACUCCAGCAUAUAAAACUUUGUAUGCGCCACAUCUCCGCAUCGCACGUCAAGCGUACUCCGAUGAGGAUGGCUCUGAGGAGGAUGCUGAAGUGCAAGCAGAACAGUUGGCGCAACAACAACUCCAACAGCAACAAGCGUCAGACUCGCACUCACAAGAGGAAAGCGAAGAGGAUGGCGAGGACGAUGACGAUAAUGAUCGCAGACGUCGUCGUCGUCGUGAAACACCUGCCGCGGAGGCUGAAAAUUUAGAGCAGUCGGCGCUACCAAUAAAGGAAGCUGAAUCUGCUGCGGUACCUGAACCCGUGCCUGUGCCUGCGCCAGCCACAAGCGAACAAAUAGACGAAGACAAGGAAACUACGCAAAGCAACGAAGCUAAUGCGCCAGUUGUAAAUACCGCCGCUGCCACAGUCACCACCAGUGCACCGCCGCGCAACACGUCCGUACUCAUACUCAUUCGCGAUGCCUUGAAAAAAGUCACCACUCUACCCACUGAGCAGGUGGCUACCAAUGCGCUGCAGUAUUUCCAACUUUUCGAACAUUUCAUACAGAAGACCAUCGAAGAGGUGAUCGGCGACGAUGAUGAUGACGAUGAUGAGGCUGCUAACGCUGCUGCAGGCGCCACCGCGACCACCAUCAAACCUGAUGCUAUUUUCACACCCGAAGAGGAGGAACUUAUUGCCGGUGUUGAAGAUCUUAAGGAACCCGAAUUGGUUACCAAGCAACCUCAGGUAGUGACACCAGCUGGUACACAAAUGGAGUGA